CCAGUGCAAGAAGUUCGGAAGCACUCCGUUUCACAUUGCAGCAAGAGCAGGAGACAGCAGGGCACUGUUGGCUUUAUUGAAUACAAAACAACCUUAUUUCAUCGAUAUGCGCGACCACAUGAACCGCACAGCUCUUCACAGAGCGGCUUUUCAUGGUCAUCGUAAGUGCGUACAAAUACUGAUUAAUCACGGUGCUAACAUAGCCGCGGCGAUGAAAAACGGUAUUACUGCGGCUAACGAUAUAUUUACUCAUAUUCCACGGCCUGUAGAAUUUUUAAUGGACAUAUUUGAUUCCUCAGUACAUCUAACUGACAAAUCUUCGGAAAAAUAUGAAGAUGUAAAAACCGGAAUUGAACUUGACUUCAAAAUAUUGAUCCCGGAAUAUCAAAAACAUCAAAUGCGAGUAGUUAUGGCUAUCAUAGACGCAGCGUCGGGCAUAUCGCAACUGACAAUAUUACAGCACCCGCUCGUAGAAACAUUUCUUAAAUUAAAGUGGACAAGAUUAAGGAUAUUUUUCUUCUUUCUAAUGCUCAUACAUUUGUCUUUUGUCGUUUGUCUCUCAAUCUUCGCCCUGAUGUUUAUAAACAAUAACACUGUUGAUAUUUUGCCAAUUCCAAGGAUUCUCAAUGUCUGUUCCUUGUUUCUUUUGAUUCACAAUUUGAUACAACUGUUUAUGGAACCUAAACAUUAUUUGAAACAAGUAGAAAUGUGGUUGUCAAUCAUAUGCGCACUUAUGUCACUCGCUACGGCGAUAGGUAGCGAAUUCGUAAACUGCGAUAAGGAAGAAAUUGGACGUAGACAAUGCGCACAUUGGAUACUGCAUCUUCUUUCCAUCGCAGUUUUGCUCAGUUGGAUACAAAUAAUGCUAUUAAUCGGUCGAUUUCCUAUGUGGGGAUAUUAUGCGCUGAUGUUCUCUACAGUGUUAAAAAAUAUCGUAAAGGUUAUUUUGACAUUUGGAUGCUNGAUUGUUGGAUUUGCACUGAGUUUUAGCAUCGUGUUUUACGGAAAAGACCAGUAUGAUACUGUUUGGAAAGCAAUCCUGUCGACUGUGGUAAUGAUGACAGGCGAGUACGAGUAUACGGAUCUGUUUAAUAAAACAAGCACGGAAGAUAGUGUUGCUUCAGAAGGUUUUCUACCAAUAACAAGCAAGAUUAUAUUUUGUAGUUUUAUCAUACUUACCAGUAUCAUUCUGAUCAAUCUCAUGACCGGUCUAGCAGUCAGCGACAUUCAAGCUCUCGAGAAAGAGGGUCACAUACGUCGAUUAUUGAAACAAGCAGAAUUUAUUGCAC